UAGACUCUUCAGAAAUCAGCCGACUCGGAAACUUUAUAGAGCAAUAAAAUAUUCGUUUUUUGUGCUCUUUCUCUCUCUCCCCAUCCCCAGACAAAGGAAAAACUCGAGCAGUGCCUCUUUAAAAGGAGAUCUUCAUAGGGCUGUUCGAGAAUGACCCGCGGCAACCAAAGAGAGCGUGAUCGUGAAAGAGCUCUUGCCAGGAAUGGCCAGAAGACGAAAGGAAAAGAUGAUGGCCUGACCCCUGAACAACGCCGAGAAAGAGAUGCAAAGGCGCUGCAAGAGAAGGCAGCGAAGAAAGCAGCACAGGCUGCAGCUGGAGGAGGGGAUACGAAAGGUAAAAGCAGCAACAAGAAAUAACCGCAGGUUUAUUGUAUAAGGGAAAUGGGGAAUUUAGAUGCUUGGAUCAGAUUUUGGGUUUUCUCUAUCCGUGGCUAAAUGGAAGAGAGUUGUAUGUGGGUGUUGAUGUUUCGUGGUUCUUUGUCUCUCUGUUUUGUAAAGAUUACCUCUUUUGGUCUCAGAUGUGAGAACUAGUUCAUGUUUGAUUCGAGCAACUCUAUUUCUAUUGAAUUCUUAAUUGGAAUAUGAUCUAGAAUCUCUAUUAAGCUUUA